GCUAAGAUGGCGGCGGCGGCGGCUGCCGUGGCGGGGGCGGGGCGCGGCGGCGACGGCGGCGCGGAGCCCCGGCAGGAGCGGAGUCGGGCCCGAGGCUGGGCCGGCGCCGAACGCAGCGAAGGACGGAGCAGGAUGGAGCCAGGUGAGGAACUGGAGGAGGAGGACUCUCCGGGUGGCCGCGAGGAUGGUUUCACUGCUGAGCACCUGGCUGCAGAGGCCAUGGCAGCUGACAUGGACCCCUGGCUGGUGUUCGAUGCCCGCACUACACCUGCUGCUGAGCUGGAUGCCUGGUUGGCCAAGUACCCACCAUCCCAAGUCACACGCUAUGGGGACCCCGGUUCACCCAACUCUGAACCUGUGGGCUGGAUUGCAGCCUAUGGGCAGGGCUAUACCCCCAACUCAGGUGAUGUACAGGGCCUGCAGGCAGCCUGGGAGGCUCUGCAGACCAGCGGGCGGCCUAUCACACCAGGUACCCUGCGCCAGCUGGCCAUCACCCACCAUGUGCUUUCAGGCAAGUGGCUGAUUCACCUGGCACCUGGCUUCAAGCUGGACCAUGCCUGGGCUGGCAUUGCCCGGGCUGUGGUUGAGGGCCGACUUCAGGUGGCCAAGGUGAGCCCACGGGCCAAGGAGGGUGGGCGCCAGGUCAUCUGUGUUUACACAGACGACUUUACGGACCGCUUAGGUGUACUGGAGGCAGAUUCGGCCAUCCGUGCGGCAGGCAUUAAGUGUCUGCUCACCUACAAGCCAGAUGUCUACACCUACCUGGGCAUCUACCGGGCCAAUCGCUGGCAUCUCUGCCCUACUCUCUAUGAGAGCCGUUUCCAGCUUGGAGGCAAUUCGCGUGGCUCUCGGGUGCUGGACCGUGCCAACAAUGUGGAACUCACCUAAUAAGGCCAAAUGGGGGAGACUGUCCUCUAUCCCCACCCUGCUGAGGAUGGACCCAACUGUCUUCCUCCUCCUCGUCCCAAGGCCAAAACCCCUCAGCUCUGAAGAUUAGGUUACUUGGUAACUUCCUGCAUCUUCAGUCCCCUGGAACUUUUGCCCUUUGUUCAGGGCUGGCUCCAGCCCCAAAAGAUUUGGGGCUUGGCUCCCUGAGGGCCGAGCCCUCAGCCUUCCUCUUUGCUGCUCCCAUCACUGCAGAGGAUCACAGUUUGGGUGCAGAUACUCAAGAAGAGAACCUUCCUUGGCCACUCUCGUCCCCAGCUAUACCUUCCCCUCCUCCUGCAUUCUUCCCUUCUUUCCUUCCUUCCUCUCAAAGGGGGAAACUUAGUGCUUCCAUUCCCUCUCCUUGGAGCCACAUAGUCCAGGGGACAGGGGCCCUGCAGGACUGAGCAUGCCAUUUUGUUGGGAGGUUCAUUGUGCCUGCUCAUCCCCUGGCAGAAAGGGGAUGCAAGGCCGCAACAUGGGGCCUGCCCCUCCCUGCCCACUCACAGUCUGCACCAUCAUCCUCCCUUCUCUGGCUACCUUGACAUGUGCCUGUUCCUGGCAUUUCAAUAAAACCCAGCUUGGGUCUG